AUGCACGUCUCCUGGCGAACGGUGCUAGUAGGUGUGUGCGUUACGGUGGUGACCCACUUCUUCGAUAGGACGACGGCUGCGGGUGCGAGUUGUCCGAUAUAUCUAACUUUGGGAGCUCAGGCACGCACCAUUGAGGAGGCCCCACUGGUUAUCAACUGGGGUCCUUCCUGCGAGAAUCCACCAGAAUGGAUCGGGUUAUAUACGGAAAAUCCGGCCCUUUCAGUGGCACCUCCUGUUGUGAAAGUGUAUGUUCAGGGUGCCCGUACGGGACAAGUCGUGAGUGAGGUGAAGUUCGGCCGACAAACUCUGCCAGGUGGCUGGAGUCCUGAGCAAGUCCUGGCGCAUAUUCCUCGACGCCGCACGAAACCCCUCUGCUUCGAUUUGUACCUCGCGAGUUACGACGCCGCGGACCAGCUGGAAUACUUCGAUUGUCUCAAGAUCCAGCCGACGUGGAUGUACGGCGAAGGAGGCCUCGGAAAUGUGUCCUUACGAGAGCUAUUCCUCCCGGGAACUCACUGCUCCGGGUGCUACCAAACAAGGGCCAACGCUGGAAACGCGUUCCUCAAAAAGGUCGGUUUCCGCCAGACCCUUGACCUGUGGAGUCAACUCGUGUUCGGAGUGCGAUAUCUCGACUUCUCGAUCGGUUACUAUCCGUCCCUCAACGGGACGCGCAAUUUCUGGAUCAUGAACGAGCACUUCCGUGUGGCACCGCUCGCACCGAUCCUACAGGAUAUCCGCCGGUUCGCGAUCUUGUCCGAGGAGACGCUGUGUCUGGAUUUCCGGCGUUUCCCGCUCGGGUUCCAUAACAACCCAGACCAACAUGCGGCCUUACUAGAGCUGCUCGAGCGUGAGUUAGGGGAUCUCGCCUACCGCCGGCCGGUCUCGGAAGAGGACGGUGAAGUUGACCCGAUGGCCGAGUCGUACCAGCUUACCAUCGGUGACAUGCGCCGGGACGGCAAGUACCUACUUAUCACCUACAAUCAUGAGGCCAGUCUGAACGAAUCGGAUAUAAUUUGGAAGCCAUGGAAAAAGCAUUCGAGCGCUUUUCUGAAGCACACCGAGCUAGGCGAGUUCAUGCAGAAUCUAUUCUCGCAGAAACACCCAGACGCCCCGCGGGACAUCGGUUGGAGCCUGCAUGGCGUGCAAGGAUUCCAGGGUAGCUACAACGAGGAGGACGCCACUUACCUGAUGCCGGCGGAACGAGCCACUAUCGUGAAUCCCAAACUGAUGCAACUGUUGAGCGGUCCGUGGAGUCAGCGCGCCAAUGCAGUGCUGCUGGAUUUCUUCACCAACACAAAUCUGAUCGACCUAGCAAUCAGCACGAAUCGGUUCAAAACGUUACGUAACGCGAUGAGUGAGGCGGUGGUUCUCGAUGUGCAGUAGCCGUGGGUCGUGGAAUUGUCUUAUCAAUCCAAUCGAAUAGCCCAUACACAUUAGUAGACCGAGGGCAGUAGCAGUAGUAUUAUGAGUAGUAGGUUACUACAAGAUCAUCAUAUCCAUCCUUCGAAGAACUCGUUGGGAUGGAGCUACAUUUGCAUACAUUUUACAUUUGUCGAUACAGUUAGUUUUACGGAACGCCUUGUCGUU